GCUCCCUCGACCGCUCCUCUCUCUCCCCCCCCGGUAGCGCUUCCUCGCCCCCUUAAGCCGCUCGUAAUUAUGAGCACAGAGCCGAUAGAUGCCGGCGGAGCUGCAGAGAACGGGGAAUUUACCGCACCUUUUGCCGAACCGCGAUGCGUUCUUCGUCUGAGAGAGUAUUUUGCCGCGUAGGCUAGGGUGUUUGACCAAGCCAAGCACCAUGGUCGUGUCUCAAGCCCUCUCCGUUCUCAACGACACCCUGGGACCGGGCAAUUCCUCGGGCUGGCUCAACGGCACGGCGCCUCAGCCAUCGCACCGCUACAACUUCUACGCGAUGCUCCUCACGCUGCUCAUAUGCCUCAUCGUCUUCGGCAACGUCCUCGUCUGCAUCGCCGUCUCGCGUGAAAAGGCGCUCCAAACCACCACCAACUAUCUCAUCGUCAGCCUGGCCGUCGCCGAUCUGCUCGUGGCGACGCUGGUCAUGCCCUGGGUGGUCUACCUGGAGGUGGUGGGCGAGUGGAGGUUCAGCAGGGUGCACUGUGACAUCUUCGUCACGCUCGACGUCAUGAUGUGCACGGCCAGCAUUCUCAACCUCUGCGCGAUUAGCAUCGAUAGAUACACAGCCGUCGCGAUGCCCGUGCUCUACAACACCCGCUACCGGUCUCGACGGAGAGUGGGUGUGAUGAUCUCUGUGGUUUGGGUCCUGUCCUUUGCUGUGUCGUGCCCCCUUCUCUUUGGCUUGAACAACACUGCCACGCGCGAUGACGACGCCUGCGUGAUUGCCAACCCCGCCUUCGUGCUCUACUCGUCCAUCGUGUCCUUCUACGUGCCCUUCAUCGUCACGCUGCUCGUCUACGUGCAGAUCUACGUGGUCCUGCGCAAGCGGCGCAAAAGGGUCAACGCCAAGCGCGGCGGCUGCAUCAAGCCCGCCGGCGAGCACCACGUGCGCCGCCAGGGCCAGGUAAAAUGCACUCAUCCUGAAGAUGUCAAGCUCUGCACAAUCGUCUGUGCUAAUAACGGCAACUUUGCCUCCUCAAAGAAAAAUGUAGAAGAACUUGCUCAACCUGAAGAGAUGGAGCUCGAGUCAUACAUGUCCCCACCACUCUCUCGAAAAGCCAAAAAGUCCCUUGUGGGCAAGAGCAUCAAACAGCUCCACCAGCAGCAGCAGCAGCAGCAGGCGAGCCAACAACACUCGCUCGGCCACCACCAGCAGCAGCGCCUUGUGGCCCCCGCUCCGCCCUCGUACCGCCACGACACGCUGGCCGAGGAAACCGACGUCGCCCCUGCGGACGGAGCCUCGCUCGAGGCCGACGGCGAGCGAGUCAACGGCGCCCAGCCGAAGGGCGACCAGCUCAACGGCGGCCGCCCCCACGGCGGCGAGCGGCCCGACGGGGAGAGGACCGACGGCGGCCAAGCGUGCCGCAACGUCCUCAAGGUGGCGUUCGAAACGCAGCAGCUGCCCAACGGUCAGAUGCGCACUUCCCUCAAGGUGGUGGCGGCCAAUCGGAAUUUUUCGCAACAGAGAGAGAAGAAGGCGACUCAGAUGCUGGCCAUCGUGCUGGGGGUCUUUAUCGUCUGCUGGAUGCCCUUCUUCAUCACCCACAUCCUCAAUGUCCACUGCAAGACUUGUUACAUUCCGCCAGCCCUGUACAGCGCGACCACCUGGCUGGGAUACGUGAACAGCGCGGUCAACCCCAUCAUCUAUACCACCUUUAACAUAGAGUUCCGCAAGGCCUUCAUUAAGAUCCUGCACUGCUGAUAUUAUUACCAGUCAGGGCUGUUCCCUUGGCCCUCUGGCGCAACGAUCAACCCGCAAAGUUAACGAAUGGAGGGACAAUAGCGCGUGCAAGAAAGUGGCUUAGAGUGCAAACGUUACAAAAGAGUGUAAGAAAAACAAUGAAGGAAAAUAUAAUUCAGCAAAUGUAACGGCUGUAGCUGCGUUCAAAUUCACUCUCUAGAUAUAGACGAAGAGUCACGUGAUUCUUUUUGUUCCACCCGGUUUUGACUUGACACUGACUGGAUAAAAUAAAAAAAGAAACAGCAGAAAUUGCAGGCGAUCAGAUUACACUGACGUUUUGCACACAGAGUGUAUUGUAAAUAUUUAUUCGGAUGAAUGUGCAAACCCCAUAGUAUUUGCGCUGGUCUGCUGUCCGAAACAGUUUAAAGGAAAUAUAUAUAAAGCAAACACUUUUAUUAUUAGUGCACACAUUCAUCAGCUUUGCUCAUGACACAGAGAAAAGUGUACCGUGUGGAGUUUCAAAAGAAUGGUUACAGACAUAUUUUUACUUUAUUUGACAAAUGAUUUUUGGUGUCGAUAUUUAAAAAAAGUAAAAUUCAUUCAGAAUCUGGUGAAAAACUUUGUUGCUAUUCUUUCCCCCCUCCCUGAAAGAUGUCAAAACGACUGUGGAAAAUGAAAAAAAGUGUGGAUUUAAAAGAAAUGCCUUCAGCAAUCAGCUCAUCGCCCGUCAUUAAUUUGGGAUAAUGCUCAGACAAUCAAUUUGAAUUUCAUAUUGUGGGGGACUGGAACUCAGAGAAGACAGCAGCUGUCAGAUGAUUUUAGCAGAAUUGCUACAAUGAAGAACAGCAUGCCAUUAGACUUACAGAGCCAUACUUAUGACAAUGUUUAUAUCUGUCAAUUAAUGGAAAUACUUACUGUAUAACACAUUCUACUGACAGAGUCCAUAUACUCAUGCCAUUGAGAAAGUAUAUAAAAUGUGACAUAUAGACCACGGACCUUACUGGUUAUUUAACAAGAAACGGCAACAUUCUGGUUGUUUAUAAGGUUUUGAUCAAUUUCUCAUUGUACAUAGUCUCCAAACAUCCCAGGGAUGGAUAUUGGCCAGUUAUAAAAUGUAAGAUUGAAACACACAUACUCGUGUAUUUUCGGCCAGCAAAGCCUCUAAAGGCGUGACAGACUUCAUACUCAAGGUAGAAAUUUAAUAAAGAACACCGCAUCACUGCCUGGACGCUCGUGAAUGAAGAUGUGUGUGUGAGUCAUAAGAUCGGAAGAGAUUUUCCGUGCGCAAAGUCUCUGACCGAAAACAGAUUGGUAAAGUGGUCACGUGUCACCAACAAGCUUUGUAUCUGCGUAGCGUUCUAAUUAUUUAUAGUUACCGAUAAAAUGUACACAAUUGUAUUUGCCGUAGUCUCUCACUUCAAAAAUACCAUAGUUCUGAACUGCACAUACAGUAGAGCGCUCAAUCAUAACUACACACGAGCCAUUCACACCGCUGCUCGAGACACUUCUGAUGUUGCUAUAUAUGUCCGCGUUGUGGGGUGUAACUGAUGCUUGGCAUUGAAUAAGAAAUUCACAACAUCGCAACUUUUGCCUGUGUUGCCGACUGUAAUGAAUGAUGCUAUCGCGAUCAAAUGCUUUAUUCAACCUGGUGAAAACCCUUCGUGACCACAUGUCUCCCUUUGGAGAAAUGCAUUUCAUUUAUUAGCAGCGCAAUACAGUUCCAAAGAACCGAGGGGAUUAUGUACGAUUCGUAAUUUAUUUUUAGGUGGGUGGUCAGGAGCGGAUUCCUCGAAUAAAAGUUUGAAGAAUCGAGUCGCUGAGAGGAUCACUUGUUUUCCCCGGUGUGAACUGGGUACUAAACUAAACUAUUCAUAUUCUUGGUUCUUUCGGUAAAGUCACGUUGAAGGGAAACAAUAAAAUAAUAAAAUAUAUAUAAAACAAUACAAUUCUCACGACGU